ACUUUAUAAGAAAUUUUGGGGAAAAGGGACAUGGUGAUAUUUCAUUACCAAACGGUCCCCACUAUCCUCUAAUAAGAAGGAACCAACGGCUCGUAGCGUCUAAAGAUAUGGCGGCAGCUCCUCUCUACUCCCUCACCAUUCCGUACACUACCCUCUCAUUGCAGAACCCAUCCGAAGAGCCAAACAACAAUGCUUCCUCAACCUGCCGAGGCGUCACCCGACUGCCCAAGCACCCCGAGACAGCAAUCUGGAACCGAUCCCUCCGGACUCACCUCGAGGCCGGCUCAUCCAGCCAAGUCCUCCAAUGUUACUGUGAAAUUGUAGCUUGCGGUGUGCCGCUGGACAUAUCCACCUUCCACUUCUUGAUCCACGCGUGCUCGAGAUCCCUGUUGCUCCGACUCGGGAGAGAGGUCCAUGGGCGGGCCUUGAAGCAUGGGCUGGGCGGGAACCAGUCCCUCAGGAACUGCCUGAUGGGUCUAUAUGCGAAGGCUGGGAUGGUUUGGGAUGUAGAACUGCUGUUCCAGAAAGUUCCCGGGAGGGAUGUGGUCACGUGGAAUACGAUGAUCUCAUGCCAUGUUCGGGCCGGGAUGUUGAGGGAGGCAAUGAGGCUAUUCGGGCGGAUGAGAAGUGAAGGAGUCGAGCCCAAUGAGGUCACGAUGGUAAGCUUACUCUCGGCUGUUGCGAAGUUGAGGGACUUGCAAAUGGGGGAGGAGUUGCAUCGCUUCAUUUUGGAGAAGAGGCUAGACAUCAGUGGGAGUCUAUUGAAUUGCUUGGUGGAUAUGUACAUUAAGUGCGGCGCAAUGGACAGAGCACAAGAGCUCUUACCCGACUCGCAAUCGAGAGACGAUGUGAUCCUCUGGACCAGCCUGAUCGGUGGGCACGUGAAAUCGGGUAACAUGAAUGGAGCCCAGGAGCUGUUCGACCGGAUGCCCGAGAAGAACCUGAUUUCCUGGACAACAAUGGCUUCAGGAUAUGUCCAAUUGGGGGAUUACAGAAACAGCCUUGAGGUGUUCCGGGAAAUGCUGCUCGGAGAUGUGGCGCCGGACGAGGUGGCCCUGGUUACAGCUCUUAACGCCUGCAGUCAUGUAGUGGAAUGUGGCAGGCCAUUCGUAUUGCUAGGUGGAAGCAUUCACGGUUUGCUGGUGAAGCUCGGGAUGGCUCUUGAGGGGUUUCUGGGGAAUGCUCUGUUAGACUUCUACGUGAAAUCGGGAUGGAUGGAAGAUGCCAGGAGUGUCUUCCGGCUUUUGCCCCGUAAGACUGCAGUGUCUUGGAACUCAAUGCUGGAGGGAUUCUGCAGGACAGGUGAAUUCAAAGAGGCGAAGGAGUUCUUCGACGGGAUUCCUGAGAAAGAUACGGUUUCAUGGAACAUUAUGAUCGGUUGCUGCACUCGAUUCGGAUACUGCAAGGAAUCGUUCGAGCUGUUCCACCAGAUGCAGAAUUCUAAAGUUGAGCCCGAUAAGGUCACUCUGGUGUGUCUGCUCUCUGCCUGUGCCAAAGUGGGUGCCCUGAGCCAUGGCAUUUGGAUCCACGUCCAUAUGAAAAAGAAUGGAAUCGAAUUGGACAACGCUCUUGCUACAGGGUUAGUAGACAUGUAUGGGAAAUGCGGGAGUGCCGAGAAGGCCGAGGAGGUGUUCUCGGAGAUACCCAAUAAGAGCGUGAGAUUGUGGACGGCUAUGAUGGCAGGGUAUGCCAUGGAGGGCAAAGCCCUGAAAGCAGUCGAACUCUUCUCAGAGAUGGUGAGCCAAGGGUUAAAGCCAGAUUUCAUCACUUUCGUCGCCCUCCUCUCGGCUUGCAGCCAUGGAGGUUUGCUCGAAGAAGCCUACAGGUACUUCAACGAGAUGGAGAGCAAGUACGGAAUUGAACCUAUGGUUCAGCAUUUCGGGUGUAUGGUCGAUCUCUUGGGCCGAGUCGGGAGAUUAGAAGAGGCUCUGGAGAUGAUCUGUUCUAUGCCAUUAGGACCGGAUGCUGCUAUAUGGAGCACAUUCUUGAGAGCCUACGAGAGCCAUCAGAAUGUUGAACUUGCCGAACUAGCUUUCAGACGGCUCGUGGAGCUGGACCCUUCAAGUGAUUCAGCUCACGUGGUUCUCUCCAAGGUGUAUGCGAAAUUGGGCAGAUGGGAUGACAUGAGAUUGGUCAGAAGAAAGUUGCACGAGCUUGGGACGCGGAAGAAACUGGGAUGCAGCAUGAUAGAGCAAGAUGGGUCCGUGCACGAGUUCACAUCGGAGGACUUCUCGAAUCCCCUGUCUCGGGAAAUCUAUUCAACGCUGAGUGAGGUAGAAGAAAGAUCAGGAGGGGAGUCGGGAGAAACGAAUCGGCACAGCGAGAGACUCGCAGUGGCUUUCGGGCUGAUAACGAGCGAGAGAAAGACUCCCAUUCGGGUCGUGAACAACCUCAGGAUCUGCGCCGACUGUCACUCAUUCAUGAAGUUUGUGUCCCGUUCCUACGAGAGAGAGAUCGUCAUUCGGGACAACUAUCGGUUCCAUCGAUUCAAGGACGGGAACUGUUCCUGCAAAGAAUUCUGGUGAUUCGACAUGACGUCUAUAAAUUCUCAGACAUGCCAUCAUUAGCUUUGUUUGAAGAGGGCAAUGGAGGGAAAGCUUCUAUAGAAUUUUCAAAAACUCCAAUACCAUUUUCCCUUUCCUUCAA